AUGCGAAAAGGUCUCGGAAAGUCAAACAUGAAGGCAUUCAUCGUGUUCUCUAUGGCUCUGGCCAUCGCUUGCGCAGCGAACGACGACGAAUCUAAGAAGGAGAAGCGCGGACUGUUUGAAGAAUCCUACGACAACUAUGGCUACGAUAACUACGGACUGGGUUACCACGAUUAUGCUGAGAAGGAAGUGAAGCACAUUGUCACCAAGAAGGUUCCAGUUCCGUACCCGGUGGAGGUCGAGAAACACGUCCCAGUUCCGGUGAAGGUCCCGUACCCAGUGGAGGUUGAGAAGAAGGUCCCUGUCGUCGUCGAGAAGAAGGUCCCGGUGUACAUUGAGAAGAAGGUCCCAGUCCACGUGGAUCGCCCAUACCCAGUGGAAGUGAAGGUCCCAGUCCAUGUCCCAGUCUACAAGAAGGAAUACGUCGAGGUCCCGAAGCCAUACGCGGUUCAUGUUGAGAAGCCCUACCCGGUGUACGUGAAACAGCCCGUGUACGUCGAGAAGCAGGUCCCAGUGACGGUUCAUAUCAAGGAGCACUACAAGAAGCCGUACUAUGGUUGA